UCCAGCCGGUUAUAUGCCAAAUUACUGCCGUACACCAGAAGAUGAAAAGGCUGCGAAUGACGCAUGCGCCCUAAUAAACUCAUUGCUUCACCCCUGUCAUACAGCUAUUAACCCAAAGAUGUACUACACAAUGUGUAAGAAUAUGCACUGUAAAGCCACGACAGAAAAAGACAGAAACGACGUGCGAUGCCAAUAUGCCAAUGCUUAUUCCCAGGAAUGUGCCGCUAUCAACAUCGUCAUGAAAUGGAGGUCCAAAUAUUUAUGUCCACGAGAGUGUCCCACACCCUUGGAAUAUUCUGAGUGUACCUCCUCCUGCCCCCGGACCUGCAGGACACUUUACCUAGUGGAGCCAGAUGAGUGUAAGAUGUGUAUCAGCGGAUGUCAGUGUCCAGUGGGGACCUUCCUUCAGGACGGAAAAUGUGUCAAGGCAGAGGACUGCAUGUGUGAAUUUAACAAGAAGCAGUACAAGCAUGGCGAUACCAUUAAACAACGCUGUAAUCUUUGCACCUGUGAUAGAGGAAGAUGGACCUGUGAAGAAGACCGAUGUUCGUCUAGCUGUGAAAUGACAGGAUUGAAUCACGUCGCCACAUUUGAUGGAAAUCGUUACAGUUUUGCUCCAGACUCCUGCUCAUAUACAUUAGUUGAGCCGGAUUCUAAUAUUGCACAAGAGAAUGAACGCGCUAACAUGACGAUCAAAGUAAAAAUGGACAAGUGUACUGACUUCCAAGACGUGAAUUGUAUCAGUGGCAUCACACUGACAUAUCAAAGUGCUAUUGUUAAGAUGGAGAAAGACAAAAUAUUCAUUAAUCACGUGGACUACAGUGACACAAUUCGAAACACACCUUACUCUUUCGGAGGAAUCUAUGUUAAAGACGUCACCAAUAAGUUUAGAGUCGUUAAAGCAUUUGGCUUGAAGAUUCUUUACGAUAAAAGAAGAACUCUUUACAUAGACCUUAAACCAUUUUAUGCUAACAAGGUAAGGGGAAUGUGUGGACAAUUCAAUUACGACAUCACUGAUGACUUCAAAGUGCCCAAUGGUGGAGAACAGGCAUUAAUUCAGAACUUUGCAAAUGCGUACGGUGAUUCGACCUGUCAGACGGGAACUUACAGCUACAAUUUAGAGAUGGAGGCUAAACACGAAGCAUGUAAACCUCUGAUGGACACUGCUAGUGGAGCCCUCUUUGCAGAAUGUAUUCUGAAACACGAGGAGUUGUCCAAAUUCUAUUACACACAAUGUAAUUACGAUAUGAUGAAGCGGACCACCCAGCUUAACAUGGAGGCUUUGUGUGACACUGUGUCGGCCUUCUCCCGCCAUUGUACAUUUAGUGGUUUAUUUGUACCAUGGUACAACCACAGCGCUUAUAUCAAUCGGUGUGAAAAUUAUUUAAGCUGUAGUCAAGACGGAUCAGCCGGGUCAGUAUAUACAGAUUGUGCAAAAAUUUGCCACGGAACGUGUCGUGACCAGCAGUUAGCAGAUUCCAACUGUGAGGAAGAGUGCGUACCCGGGUGCAUGUGUCCUAAUGGUCAGGUCCAAGACGAUUACGGUACCUGUGUCAACAUUCAGCAGUGUACAUGUUACGAUCAGUACUCACCGAAAGAAAGCAGAAUAAAGAAGGCAGGAGAUGUAGUUACCAGAAAGUGUACAGACUGUACGUGUACAAACGGUACAUUUGCGUGUGGAAAAGAGAGCUGUGAGGAGCAAAUAAUCUGUCCGAAGAAUCAAGUGUACCGAAAGGGUGUUUCAGCUUGCCGAAAGACGUGCGAGAUGUACGGCCGAGAGAUGAUUUGUGACAACGACGUACUAAUGGACGGCUGUGUUUGCGACGAAAAUAACAACCAAACUACCUACAUGGCGCCUGAUGGAACAUGUGUGUCCUCCGACCAAUGUCCAUGUCUCUUUGGUACUAAUUGGUAUAAACCCGGUGAGAGCGUCACAUACGGAUGUAAAGUUUUUCGUUGUGAGAACCAGAACUGGAGAAAGAUUGAAGACAAGAACUGUCCAGCUGUCUGCAGGGCUUCAGGAGACCCCCACUACACUACAUUUGAUGGACUUGCCUAUUCCUUCCAAGGAGUUUGUUCGUACAUACUCUCUAGAGCCAAAGACAAAAGUUUUCAGAUCAUCACGGAAAACGUAAAAUGCGGUAGUACUGAUGUGUCCUGUACGAAAUCUAUCCAGAUCUCUAUCAGAGGUCAGGAAAUAAACCUUGUCCGAGGAAAAGACGACGUGAAUAGUACAACAGACAAUACAUAUAAAGUUAAUGACAUUGUCAUCACUAAACAGAGUUUCUGGACAUCUAUCCACGCUCCCAGUGACAAUCUCACCAUCCUCUGGGACAGCGGUACCCGUGUAUAUGUGUUCCUGAAACCCAUCUGGCAAGGAAGAGUGGAAGGGUUAUGUGGUAACUAUGAUGGAGACUCUGUCAAUGAGUAUAAAAAGGUCGAUGGCAGCGAGGGAACCGCCGCUGACUUUGCCAACAGUUGGGCAGCAUCUACUAGUUGUCCAGUAGCAUCUGUUGGAAGUUCAUCUGAAAUCAUACCAUGCUCUGGUGAAUUGUCACACAGAAAACAAUGGGCCGAAGAAUCCUGUGGAAUAAUAUACAGUGAUAUUUUCAAGUCCUGUCGAGAGUUCCUCACAGACACCGUAGUUACAAGAUAUCACUCUAAUUGCCUGUUUGAUGCCUGCAGAUGUGAUAGUGGAGGAGACUGUGAGUGUUUCUGCACUGCGGUAGCUGACUUCGCGGAGCGCUGUAAUCAAGCCGGAUAUCCGGUCAAAUGGAGGAGUCAGAAAGUCUGUCCUAUUAUGUGUGAGAAUGGCUUCCGUUACACUCCCUGCGCCUCUCCCUGUCCCCAGACCUGUAGAAAUAUCGGUGAUGAGCCAGAACCCUACUGCAACGACACCCAGUGUGUGGAAGGAUGCUUCUGUCCGGAGGGAUACGUCCAGAAAGACGACCGAUGUGUUUUGGCUGAAGAUUGUCCUUGCUUUUACAAUGGUCAAGAGUGGCCAAAGGGAGCAGUGAUUCAAAGAGAUUGCCUGAAUUGGUAA